CGGUCGGUCUGUGCUCUGCACUCCACGUUACAGACCGGGGAGGAUGAGGCCCGCUGUCCGCGCUCUGUUAACCUGCGCGGUUCUGGGGCUGUGUCUGGCGGACCCCGAGAAAACUGUGAGAUGGUGCACCAUUUCAACUCAUGAGGCCAGUAAGUGUGCCAGUUUUCGUGAAAAUAUGCUUCGUAUCUUCGAGAAUGGUCCUUCUGUCUCCUGUGUGAAGAAAACCUCACACAUGGAUUGCAUCAAGGCUAUUUCGAGUAACGAAGCAGAUGCUGUGACGUUGGAUGGAGGUUUGGUGUAUGAGGCAGGCCUGAAGCCCAACAACCUGAAGCCUGUAGUGGCAGAGUUCCAUGGGACAAAAGAUAACCCGCAGACUCACUAUUAUGCUGUGGCGGUGGCGAAGAAGGGCACUGACUUCAAGCUGAAUGAGCUCAAAGGCAAGAAGUCCUGCCACACAGGCCUCGGCAGGUCCGCUGGGUGGAACAUCCCCAUGGGAAGACUUUAUAAGGAAUUGCCUGAUCCACAGGAAUCCAUUCAGAGAGCUGCGGCCAACUUCUUCUCUGCCAGCUGUGUCCCCUGUGCAGAUCAGUCAUCAUUUCCCAAACUGUGUCAACUGUGUGCGGGGAAAGGGACAGACAAGUGUGCCUGCUCCAACCACGAACCAUACUUCGGCUACGCAGGGGCCUUUAAGUGUCUGGCGGAGGGCAGUGGGGACGUGGCCUUUGUCAAGCACUCAACAGUAUUCGACAACCUGCCUAACCCAGACGACAGGAAAGACUAUGAGCUGCUCUGCGGGGACAACACCCGGAAGUCUGUAGAUGAUUACCAUGAGUGCCACUUGGCAAAAGUCCCUUCCCAUGCGGUUGUGGCUCGAACUGUAGGCGGCAAGGAGGAUGUGAUCUGGGAACUUCUCAACCACGCCCAGGAACAUUUUGGCAAAGAUAAACCAGACAAUUUCCAGCUCUUCCAAUCCCCUCAUGGGAAGGACCUGCUGUUUAAGGACUCUGCUGAUGGGUUUUUAAAGAUUCCUUCUAAGAUGGAUUUCGAGCUGUAUUUGGGAUAUGAAUAUGUCACUGCUCUUCAGAAUCUAAGAGAAAGUAAACCCCCAGACACCUCAAAGGAUGAGUGCAAGGUGAAGUGGUGUGCAAUCGGUCACCAGGAGAGGACAAAGUGUGAUCGGUGGAGUGGGUUCAGUGACGGAGCAAUAGAGUGUGAGACGGCAGAGAACACUGAAGAAUGCAUCGCCAAGAUCAUGAAAGGAGAAGCUGAUGCCAUGAGCUUGGAUGGAGGCUACCUCUACAUAGCAGGCAAAUGUGGCCUGGUGCCUGUCCUGGCAGAGAACUACAAAACUGAGGGUAAAGAUUGUAGGGACACACCAGAAAAAGGGUAUCUUGCUGUGGCUGUGGUUAAAGCAUCAGAUGCUGAUCUCAACUGGAACAAUCUGAAAGGCAAGAAGUCCUGCCACACUGCCGUAGACAGAACCGCUGGCUGGAACAUCCCCAUGGGUUUGCUCUACAGCAAGAUUAAUAACUGUAGAUUUGAUGAAUAUUUCAGCGCAGGCUGUGCACCUGGAUCUCAGCGAAAUUCCAGUCUCUGUGCUCUGUGCAUCGGCUCAGAGAAGGGUUCAGGAAAGGAGUGUGUUCCCAACAGCAAUGAAAGAUACUAUGGCUAUACAGGGGCUUUCAGGUGUCUGGUGGAGAGGGGCGAUGUGGCCUUUGUGAAGGACCAGACUGUCAUACAGAACACUGAUG